AUUCGGUUCCUAGAUUCUAGCCCGGCCGGACGCGCGCGCGCUCCUUCCACGCGGACGACGACAACGACGACGAGUGUAUCGAAAAACGAGAGUAGAGUUGAACCAGAAAAGCUACUCUCGGACAGGUUGCUCGAUGUGAUAUCAAAGCGACGACAGAAUCGACGAUAAGAUUUGGUUGCGUGUGAUAAGGAAAUAUCUGUGAGACCAAGUGAGACGAAUUUAUUAAAACCGGACAAUAGAUUCCACGAGUGGUUGAACAAACUGUAUCUCCGAAUAAGCGGCUAAUAAACGCGAGCAAUAAUUUACUAGCCUACUUAGUUUGCUGCUGAACGACCUGAAGUGUUUUAGCGAGUGCGAAAGAGAGGAGUUCUAAAUCCCGAUACGAGGAAGCCUUAUACUAAGCAGGCUGUGUGUAACCAAGGUGCCGUGUUGUAACGUUUUUAGUGUACAGUGCCAUAGCGACGUUACAGUGAGCGUUUGAAAAAAAAAAACAUCAUAAAACUUCCCACCCGAGACAUAGCAAUCGCUGGGAAUUAGCAACCCCAACGAGUAGAGUACCUCAAAGUUCAAUAGAUCAGUCAUUACGCGGUCGUCGUAUACUGAGAAAGUGUCGUUGUUGAUGGUGUUUCGUGCCAUCGAAUUCAUUAGAAUCGCUAAUCUGUAACCAGGAAUAAAAUGCAACUGUGGCUGCGAGCGUUAGGAGUGGUGCUCCGGAUAGCAAAUGUGAUACUGAUGCCGUUGAUCCGGUUUGUGGGAGGGCCCCGUCGGAAGACACCCUUCCCGGAGAUUCGGAACGAGAUGCUCAACAUUCCGGCAGUUGACCUGGCGGAACGGAUCAGGAAUAAGGAGCUCCGCUCGGAAGACGUGGUACGGGCCUACAUCGACCGGAUCCGGGAAGUGAAUCCGCUGAUCAAUGCCGUGGUCGAGGAACGCUUCGCGGCGGCCAUCGAGGAAGCCAAGAAGGCAGACCAGAUGAUUGCCGACAUGCAAACGAUUUGGCUCAUCAAAACCUAUCCGCUGCUGGGGGUUCCGUUUACGGUGAAGGAAAGCUGUGGGCUGAAAGGUGCCCUGUUCACCGGAGGCUCACUACCUCGCGCAGGGAUCAAGGCGAGCUCCGACGGUGAAGCGGUGGCACUUCUGAGGGCAGCCGGGUGUAUUCCCCUGUUGGUGUCCAACACGCCCGAAUACUGUCUGAGCUGGGAGUCGUACAACCACAUCACCGGACGCACGUUGAAUCCGUACGAUAACCGCCGAACGGCCGGUGGUUCCUCCGGAGGCGAAGGGGCACUGAUUGCGGCCGGUGCUUCACUAUUCGGCGUGGGAAGUGACGUUGCCGGAUCGAUCCGAGUGCCAUCGCUGUUCAACGGCAUAUUCGGUCAUAAGCCAACGGCGGAUGUCAUUUCAAUCAACGGUCACUUCCCAUUCUCGUCCGACGAGAAGUUCCGCAACUUCCUCACAGUAGGUCCGAUGUGUCGCUACUCGAAAGAUCUCCCCACUCUGGUCCAUAUUAUGGCCGGUUCGAAAGCCUACAAAUUGCGCCUGGACGAAACGGUCUACACCAAAGACAUCAAGAUCCACUACAUGGAAGAUUUCGGCUUCAACGUGGCAUUCGUUCCUGUCGAUGAGGAGAUCAAAAUAUCCAUGUACCGUGCGGUGCAGUACUUUAAGGAUCACGGCCUACAGACGGAACGGGCAGAAUUCGAUAACUUGUACCAUAGUAUGGAGAUGGCCAUGUGCACACUGCAAUCGCUCGAAGACGUACCGAACAUGUUCGACAACCGUGAAAAUCCCAAGGAGAAGCACAGUCUGUUGAUGGAACUGGGUAAGUCGUUGAUCGGACGGUCGCAAUUCACCCUGGCCGGAAUUGUGUUCUACAUCUUGUACCAUACGAAGCAUCUGUUCAGCCCCGAGGAUCAACAGCGUUAUCUGCGAAUGAAGGACGAACUCCGAAAACAGAUAAUCGACACUUUGGGAACGGAUGGGGUGCUGUUCCUGCCGACUUACCCGACACCAGCUAUCCGGCACUAUGACUCUUUCAGUCACAUCACGGGUGUGACGUAUACGAUGCUUUUUAAUGCGCUCGGCUUUCCCGGAACCCACGUUCCGCUAGGGUUCAACAAAAAGGGCCUCCCCAUUGGCAUACAGGUAGUGGCUGCUCCUUACCAGGACCGGCUAAGUCUUUGUAUUGCGCGUGAAUUGGAAGCUGCUUUCGGCGGAUGGAAGGCGCCAGAAUGAGCUUUCAAUUGAGUGGAAGGUGCAAUGGUUUGUUAGCUUUAUCGGAUUAUCGUUGUCUAAAAGUGGGGAAAGGAUCACGGUAUUUAUUUGGAUGCAAGGAAGUCAAAGAACGCUAAACCAAAAGAAAUCGAGAACGUAUGUGUGAUUGGGUGAACGAAAGGCUGUGUGAUAAUGUGAAUAGCAUUCAAAUUUGAUUUGAAAGCAACAUUGAUCUAAACGUAAUUACAGGAAUUUUACAAAAA